AAGCUCGACAAAAAUAAAAUCCACUCAAUUCAACUCGAAAACCUCACCAAGCUCAAUUACUACCAUAACACUCAAUAUGUCUUCUGAUCCUCACCGCGGCGGACGUCUCGAGGACAUGGCUCCCGAGGGCACUCGCAUUCCCAAUGAUGCAGGCAUCAUGAACACAAUCCCCUCCGUUCCUCGCCCUGAUCAGCGCUCCGAAGAUUCUCAGUUCGAUAACUACGGUAUCGCUCACCCGACCUCCGCCUUUGCCGCCGACAACGCCACCGAUAUGCCUCGCAGCACUAGAGACAUGGCUCCCUCAGGCGAAGUCAUCACCGGAACCGGUGAUAGUUUCCCGGCUGAAGGCGAGUCCAAGAGGAACCUGAUCGGCACCAAUCACCCUGGUGCCAAGGGUGAGUCCAGAAACCUGAAGCACUCCAAUCUCAACCGCAGUGGUUAUGAGCGGUUCUCCGGGGAGGACGAAGAUGCUAUUGGCGAGCAUCAGAUCCGAAACGAGUAAAUGAAAUGCAUAUCUGGGAUAUGCUUGACAUGAACAUGAUGUAUUAUAGAUGAACGAA